UCGUGUUUGGUACGUGCAACUGCUCGCAGCGCUCGUACGGAGUAUUUUGCAAAGCAACAACAAAGUUUUUAAAACAUAAAGUUGAAAUAUAGAGGAAAAAUAUACUAUUUUUUAUUUUGAACGAAUGUGGUUUCGAAAGGUGUAAUUAUUGUUUUUCGGUUAGUUGAGAAAGUUUUCGCGUCUCAAGUCACCAGCAGACACACGACUCACGACUCACUUGAAAAUUAAUUAAAGAACAAUAACAACAAAAAAUAAUUGCAAAUCUACUAAAAAAGUACGCCAAACCGAAAGCAGCAUUGUGUGUCGCCAUUGGGUGAAGUGUGGAGUGCAUGCAGGGGUGGCAAAAUUAAAUGCAAUUCGCCGACUAGAUUUGUGCAAUAAUUGUGGCAUUUCUCAUUGCCCACGUGUGUGUGUGUGUGUGUGUGUGCGGUAUGUGUCUGUUGCAGCGUCUAAACCAAUUUGUCGCGCAAAUGCCGUUAAAUUGCAAAUGCAUUGACUAAAGUGUUUUACAAAAACAAAACAAAGCGUAAAAUUACAACAAAAUGCAUAUUAUCUAAUACAAACCUGCUCGCCUGCAUCAUUCCGUCACAGCGCGUUGGUCAAAGUCAGCGGCAGAAAUCGCCGAGUGCCUCAGUGUUUGCGACUUAAUUAACCGUUAACUGAAUUACAAACUCAAAUGAAAUAAAAACAUUUUGUUUUCGCAAUCUAGAAAUAUUACAUCAGCGCCGCAAAAUUACAUAAAAACAAUAAGGCUUUAUCACUAGCGCCGUGCACGCGGUCUGUGCUGCCAUAUCUACCAGAUUUUGGUAGAAAAAAUACAAAAAUAAAUAMAUUUCGUACUGCAAUUUGUUGCUACGAAAAUAGUACAUAAAAACAACAGCAACACAGUUGCAAGUGUUAUUAAAUUGCACGCCGACAAAAUGUUGAAAAUAUUCAAGAGCAAGAAAGACAAGUUGCCAAAAUCGGAAAUCAUCACUUGUGAACCGCAGGUGACCAAAGAGCCGCGCACGAAAUGCGGCAAACCGCUGGUGUUGGACAACACGCGUUGGGAGAGAAGAUUGCACAAAGAGUUGAUGUCGCUGAUAAAGGAACCGCCACCGGGUGUUACCGUCGAUACCGAUAGUAUAGGACAAAACUUAUCAGAAUGGAAAAUAAAUAUUGCCGGCUUCGAGGGCACCCUGUAUGAAGGUGAAAACUUUCAGCUACUCUUCAAAUUUAACAAUAAAUAUCCCUUCGAUUCGCCAGAGGUGACGUUUAUUGGCAACAAUAUACCUGUGCAUCCGCACGUCUACUCCAAUGGACAUAUCUGCCUUUCCAUAUUGACAGAAGAUUGGUCGCCAGCGCUAUCAGUACAAUCUGUCUGUCUGAGCAUAGCAUCGAUGCUUAGUAGUUGCCGUGAAAAGAAGCGUCCACCAGAUAAUACGUUAUACGUAAAAACCUGCAAUAAGAAUCCGAAAAAGACCAAAUGGUGGUAUCAUGACGAUUCGGUCUAGUGGAAGUUGAAUACCGCUACCUAUCGGUACACAAAUAAGCUGUUCGCUGCACUGACAAACUCAUUGCUGGUACUUAGAAUGGAACUACAACAACAAAUUACGCAAAUAUACACUGAGAGUAAAUUGUCUGUGAAAAAAAUACGCCGACGUGUAAAACACAAACGUAAGCGCGCAUCCACAAACACACAGACACACACAUAACUAAUCAACUGUAAAUUGCAAACAAACAAAAACUAAAA